AUGACGCCCGACAGCGUCGUCCUCCUGCGCGAGUCCAUCCUCCCACAGCGAACUCCGAAUCUGCACUGCGCCACGACGUCAAGAUCCAUCGCCAUCAGGAACGACGCAGAUAGCGCUGCCACCGCCGGCCUUAGCAGACGUCGAAGGCAAGUUUUCACCCAGAUCAGUUCAAAUGGAUCCAACUCUCGUGCACGGGCCGCCGUCACCACAAGCACCACCAGGAAGAACCCUGGAGCACCGGCAGAUCAGCGAGCCGCCGGCACCACCCGCAUCCAGAUCGCCAGCCACGCCGGGCCGCCGCCAUCCCCCGCGCCGUCUGGGUCAGAGACGGAGCCGCCGACCGCGCACAGGGACCACCGCCGCCUGCACACGCCGGAGCGCCGCCGAAAUCCCAGCGCCCGCCACCACUUGCCGAGAGGCGCCGCCGCGCGCCCCGAGCGGACUCCCGCACACACCGGGGGAAACCACGAGCGUGAGCCCUGCCGUCGCCCCCAAGCCCGCGCUGGCGCGCCCCGCCUCCAGCGCGCCGCCAAAAACCGCCACGAUCUGCCAGCGUCAGAUCCAGCGAGUCGUGGGAGAAGAGAUCCCGCCGCCGCCAACGCCGACCGGGCUUUGCCCGGCAGCGAGGAGGAGAGGUCGGGGGAGGGACGAGGACGCGAUGGCGCUAGGGUUCCCCCGGUCGCCGCGCAGGGGCGACACGGGAGGAGUGGGGAGAUCUGGGUGGGAGCACUAAAACUGUAA